AGCCUGUGUUUUGCUUGACUGAUCUGAAAUCCCUGUUGCCUCAGACGUGAAAAGCUUCAUGGUGUCGUGCCAGGGGUUUAAACUUGCUCUUUCUUCGGCUGAUCUGCCCACCUUAUGUUGCACCGAGAGUUGUUCCGCAGCUGAAAUACUGAUGAAGCCCAGUUGGAAACUUAAAAUAUCCAAUUCCCCAUUUUCUACCCCGUGCUUUUGAUUCCCUACUUGGAAGAGAACUAGAUGUCUGCACAUUAUACUCUUCCCCAUGCAUUCUGAGGAGGCAAGCAGUGAAUGAAUGAAUUUGUGAAAUGUUUUCCAGAUCCGUUUUUCAUGUACUCUUUCCUCUGCUGAUCAGAGAGCUGGGAUUCUGGAAAACCCAUAGCACAUCAUUUAUUUCUUCUUAGAGGCAGGAAUUUUGGUUUCUGACCUGAAUAUUAUUUGCAUUUUGGAGCAAGAGCAAGCGCCUUGGACUGUGAAGAGUGACGUGAGGAUAACAAAAAGCCGAACAGAUAUCUUUCAUAUACAUGUGAUGAAGAAAUUACAACCUAAAAUGAACAGUGAGAGAGAAGUAUUCCAAACAAUGAGGUUGGGGAGACAUGAAAGCCAUGAAAUGAAAGAUUUUUACUUCCAGGAAAUCCAGGAAAAUACACAGGAGUUUGAGUGUCAGUGGAGAGAUGGUGAAGGAAAUGACAAACGAAUGCCUGUAACCUGUAAAGAAAAUCUCACUGAUAAAAGAAGUCAGUGUGGGAGAAGGGAUAUAGGAAAGAAGCCCGUUGAAAGCAGGCUUGGAUCCAGGUUUGGAGAUAAACUUCUGAUACAUCAAACUGAAGGGGAAGUUCUUCAAUGUAAUCAAGCCGCAAAGUCUGUCAACAGUGUUGACUUGUCACUGCUUGAAAGAGUUCCUCCUAGUGACCAAACUCACAUAUCAAAUACACAUGAGAAUGCCCUCAUCCAUCCUUCAGGACUGACACAGGACCAGAAAGCACAUGGGGGAAAACCUUACAAAUGUAAUGAGUUUGGCAAAACAUUUCAUCAGGGCUCAUCCCUCACUGGGCAUCAGAUCGUCCACACAGGAGAGCAGUCAUGUAACUGUGAUGAACGUGGCAAAGUCUUUAGUCGAAAUUCAGAUCUUGCAAGUCAUCAGCGAAAUCAUACUGGAGAGAAACUGUUCAAAUGUAAUGAGUGUGGCAAGGCCUUUAAUUAUGGCUCAUCCCUCCGUAGACACCAGAGAAUCCAUACAGGAGCAAAUUUAUAUAAACGUGAUGUAUGUGGCAAACUUACUAGUUGGAAUUCAAACAUUACUGUUCAUCAGAGAGUUCACGCUGGAGAGAAGCCUUACGAACGCAGUGAGUGUGGCAGAACCUUUAAUCAUGACAUGACCCUCGUUAGACAUCAGAUAAUCCAUACAGGAGAGAAACCGUAUGAAUGUGGUGUAUGUGGCAAAGUCUUCAGUCAAAAUUCAGAACUUAGAAUUCAUCAGAGAAUUCAUACUGGAGAGAAACCCUAUAAAUGUAAUGAGUGUGGCAAGGUCUUUAGUCAAAAUGGAACCCUUGCAAGUCAUCAGAGAAUUCAUACCAGAGAGAAACCCUACAAAUGUGAUGUGUGUGGUAAAGCCUUUAUUGUGCGUUCAAGCCUAACUUACCAUCAGGUCAUCCAUACUGGGGAGAAGCCUUACCAAUGUAAUAAAUGUGGGAAAGUUUUUAUAAACUGUUCGCACCUUACAAAUCAUGAGAGAAUUCAUACUGAAGAAAAGCCAUACAAAUGUUUUGAAUGUGGCAAGGCAUUUAAGCAAUGGUAUUAUCUUAGGAUUCACCAAAGAAUUCAUGCUGGAGAGAAACCGUACAAAUGUGAUGUUUGUGGCAAAGCCUUCAGUAUGCAUGCAAGUCUAACUUACCAUCAGGUCAUCCAUACUGGAGAGAAACCUUACCAAUGUAAUGAAUGUGGGAAGUUUUUUAUAAACCGUUCACACCUUACAAAUCAUAAGAGAAUUCAUACAGGAGAGAAGCCGUACAAAUGCACUGAAUGUGGUAAGGACUUUAGGCAACUGUCUGACAUCAGGGUCCACCAACGAAUUCAUGUUGGAGAGAAGCCUUUCAAAUGUAAAGAAUGUGGCAAAGCCUUCACUCAGGGUUCAACUCUUGCUACACAUCAGAUAAUCCAUAAAGAAGAAAAACCAUAUAAAUGUGAUGUAUGUGGGAAGGUCUUCAGUCAAAAGUCACACUUUAAAAUCCAUCAGAGAAUCCAUUCCGGGGAGAAACCAUACAAGUGUUACGACUGUGGGAAAGCCUUUCGUGUGCGUUCAAGCCUCACUUCCCAUCAGAUCAUCCAUACAGCAGAGAAACCAUAUAAAUGCGAUGUCUGCGGCAAGGGCUUCAGUCAGAAUUCACACCUUGUGAAUCAUCGUAGAAUUCAUACUGGAGAGAAACCUUACAAAUGUAAUGUAUGUGGAAAAGCCUUCAGUAUGCAAUCAACCUUAAAUUCCCACCGGGUAAUCCAUAUGGGAGAGAAACCACAUAAAUGUGAUGUCUGCGGCAAAGGCUUCAGUCAGAAUUACCAACUAGUGAAUCAUAAAAGAAUUCAUACAGGAGAGAAACCUUACAAAUGUAAUGAGUGUGGCAAAGCCUUUACUGUGCAGUCAAGCUUAACUUCCCAUCAGAUCAUCCAUACAGGAGAGAAACCACAUAAAUGUGAUGUCUGUGGCAAGGGCUUCAAUCAGAAUUCACACCUUGUAAAUCACCGGAGAGUUCAUACUGGAGAGAAACCUUAUAAAUGUAAUAAGUGUGGCAAAUCCUUUAGCAUGCGAUCAACCUUAACUUCCCAUCAGGUCAUCCAUACAGGAGACAAACCAUUUAAAUGUGAUGUCUGUGCAAAAUCCUUCAGUCACAGGUCUCACCUUGCGUAUCAUCAGAGAACUCACACUGGAGAGAAACCCUACAAAUGUGAUGUGUGUGGCAAGGCCUUUAUCUUGCGUUCAAGCCUGUCUUACCAUCAAGUGAUCCAUACUGGCGAGAGACAUUACAAAUGUAAUGAAUGUGGCAAGGCUUUUAGCAGGUGUUCACUCCUUAGGCUUCAUGAGAAAAUUCAUACUUGAUAGAAACUACAGAAAUGUAUUCAGUGCGUGGAGGCUUUUAGAGAAUGGUUUGACUGUAGUACUCAGUAAAGAUGCCAUUCUGGAGAGAAAUUUUACAAAUGGCAUGAGUGUGUAAAACCUUUACUCAGGGCUCACAUCUCACCAAUCAUCAGGUAAUCCGUACUAGGCAAAACCUUACACAUUUACCGAAGACUUAGGUAUUGUUUAAACUCAGAGUUCACCAAAUACUUCAUAUUAAAAAUGCAGUGAAUGUGUCAAAGUUUUAAAUGAUUGCUCUCAUCAGGUGCAGGAAAGAAACUAUACAGAUAUGCUAAACGUGAAAACACGUUUUAAGAAACUGUGUUCUCAGGGUUCACCAAAGAAUUCAUGUUGGGGAGAAUCUGUAAAAAUGCAAUGAGUAUGUGAGUUUUUUGACCAAAUCUGACAACAGCAUACAUCCAGUAACCCAUACUAGGAGUAACUUUAAAGUUCUCCAACAUUAACCUGAGCUAUUACAGAAUAAUUGCAAGUCAUAACAUGUUCAAACUUAGGACAUGCGAAUAUCACAGGAUCCAGGUCCUAUGUGGAAAUGGCCCAGUCUCUUCUAAUAAAAUACAGAAUACUUUGAGUAGUCUUAAAAAGGCUGCAUGGCUACUCGUGAUUUUUAAGAGAAUGCUUGAAAUCUGUUGAUUUUAUACCUUUCUUACAGGCCCUUCAUGAUGGUCUGUGGGGAGGAGUCAGGAUGAAGGGGCCAGAUUGAUAAGGUGUGGUUCAUUCAUAUCCAUCUUUCCUGGAGAAAAAAAAAAAUCAAAUUCGAUAGUGUAUGAAUUUUCA